CUCUGUCCGAAGGUCCCCGCAGACCAGUCUGGCACUAAGUAAGCUCUCAUAUCCCGUAAUACAACAUUCUUCUCCAGGUCCUGUUCUGAGGAAAAACAGUCUUUGACCGCAGGGACAUCACACUGCCUCAUCUAAGCCUCAGACUCUGUGCAGGAUGUCAGAGGGAGACGUUACAGUGCUGCCAUUUGGACCUGCUUCUCUGGAUCUGUCCAGGCAGGAGCACCGGACACUGACCAGACUUUACAGCCAGAAUGGAGGAUAUCACCUAAGGAUUUUACCAGAUGGGACUGUGAAUGGUGGCAGGCAGGAAAAUGACCCCUAUGAUAUCCUGAGGCUGAAGGCUGUGAGUGUGGGAGUGGUGGUCAUCAUGGGUGAGAUGACAGGAAGAUACCUGGCCAUGAACAAAAACGGACGCCUCUAUGGAUCACAAGCACUGAAUGAUGAGUGUUACUUCCUGGAGAAGUAUGAAGAAAACCACUACAACACAUAUUGCUCUCAGAAGUACAACUGGUACAUUGGACUGAAAAGGAACGGCCAACCCAAAGCAGGACAAGACACCCACCAGGGUCAGAAGGCCAUCUAUUUCCUGCCAAGGCCAGCAGGCAACAAGUAAAGCAAGACAACACCAGAAGCCAUGGACGCUUAUGCCUUUAAAUACACAGUAAUAGUGCAAUGUUACACUGGGCACCACAGUAUCCAAUGUAAAGGUCACUUAAAAUGAUUAGAAGCUGUAAAGUAAAGUAAAGCCUGAGGUGAACACCUAAUGCUGUUUCAAGCUUAAACGUCAAAAACUUGAGUGUUUUGUUUAGUCCUCUUGCAUAUGCAAGAAAUAUAUGAUCCAGCUCAUAUAAGCAGCUUCACACAGAUAUUAGCUAAAAGCACAUGGACACCCUUUCACUGCAGACUAAAAUUGUGUGCAGUAAAAAUGUAUGUCAAUCUUGAUAAAUGGGUGUUCACUUUGACCGGGGUCAUGAAAUACCACUGCUGGAAGACAGCAAUACACCAUUUUUACACCGAAAUAGUUUCACAUUUAAUCACAUCUGGCACAAAGGAAACCAACAAAGCAGUAAAAAGCAGUUUUUUUAAGUGCUGACCAUCUGGCGUUGAAUUUUACUCAAAGAAACACAUUUUUUCCCCCAAGUUGUGACUGUGUCCAAGUACGACAGCACAGAAAAGAAUAGUAAUAAUAUAAUACCUUUAGUGCCUUGCAGUCGGUGGAUGUUUGCUGACACACAGAUUGUAAACUGACAACUUGUAUUCAAUGUGUUGACAGCAAUGCUGCUCUUCAUAUUUAACUCUCUACAAUUUGAUGUCCAAAGCAUCACAUUUUUUUUAACUUUUACAUUAAGGUACAAAUUCAAAGACAUGAUCUUAGAGCUAAAAUGUUUCUUUUAGAAACAGCUUUCUUAUCUCCAAUUGCCAUGACAAUAGAAAAUAAUUAUGUUGUCGUUAUGACAGCAUUGCAGCAGAGUUCAGCACAUUCAACAUGUUUGAGACACCAAAUAUUCAAAUCUGGAUUAUUUGAUAUUUGGUGAGAGGGACCUUUUUGACCUGGACCACAGAAUUCAUACAUAAAAAAUGUUUGUAUUACUUUGUCAUAGCACAGUAUUUUUCUGUAAACAUAUUUUUUUCUUUCGCUGAAACACAUGUUAGUGUAACAACUUCUUAGGUUAAAUUACUAUUGUGAAUAUUUAUUUAUGAUAUUUUAUUGCUAAUCAAAUUAAAUUCCACUGAUUUGACAUUUUUGAAAUAAUAAUUUAUACGUACACAAGUAGCAAAAAGGUAAUGUGAUCACCUUUUCACAAUGUAAUACAUAUUGUAUUAAAUCUAUGAAAUAAAACUGCAUUAA